CCGGUCACCUCUAUGAACCUCGAGAAUCGAUCCUAUCCUUGGCUCCGAAUAACGAAGCUCACUCAAGCCGGUGUCGAGUGUCCGGCGCGGGCUGCCCUCUCGCGGUCUCGACUCUCGAGACCGACACGGUCCCGUACAAGCCGUGCCGUUGACUCGUUCGGCAUCCACCAACGCAUGGGAUCAGUCUCAUGACGUCAUCAUAUAUAAUCGCGCGACAUUAUCGUUCCAUACUCAUCGCGAUCAAGGGAACCCUGGCUUCACUCGUCCGCCUCGCAAGGUCGCGCUCAAUCCUCAGGCUCGCCGUCAAAUCCAGGUCUACUACAUCGAGUCUGAGCUCGCUCGUCAAAUAUCAUAGCAGCAUGCCGCCGUACACGCUCUACUACUGGCCCGAGAUACCUGGCCGUGGCGAGUUCGUCCGGCUCGCGCUCGAAGCCGCCGGGGAGGCGUACGACGAGGUGUCGGACGUACCCACGCUCACGAGCUUCACCUCGUCCACGGGGCCCGUCGGCGCCCCGCCGCACUUCGCCGUGCCCAUCCUCGAGAUCCCCGCCCCUUCCUCCGCCUCCUCCUCCUCCAGUUCGAAAUCGAGGAAGAUCACGAGGGAAGGGAGCGCGAAGGAGGGGAAAGGGUCGAGUGCGUUUUUGAGCCAGACGCCGGCGAUUCUGGCGUAUUUGGGUCCGAAGCUGGGGUUGGUGGGCGAUGUGGAGGGCGAGGAGGAGGAGGUGCGCGAGCUGAGGAGGGCGCACGUGAACCAGCUCGUGUUGACCGCGUUGGAUCUGAACAACGAGGUGCACGACACGCACCACCCGAUUGCGAGCGAGCUCUACUACGAAGACCAAAAAGCCGAAGCCGCCCGGCGCGCCGCCCACUUCCGCAAGACGCGCGUCCCCAAGUUCUUCAAACACUUUGACCUCGCCCUCGCCUCGAACCCUUCCUCCUCCUUGCACCUUGUUGGCACCACCCUGACCACCGCCGACCUGACGCUCUUCCAGGUCAUAGACGGCCUCCAGUUCGCGUUUCCCCGGCUGCUCGCGUCCGCCGAGGCUUCGGGACGGUUCCCACAUCUGUUCAAAUUCAAGGACGCGCUGGUGAAGGAGAGCGAGAGGUUGAGGGGUUAUUUGGGGAGCGUGAGAAGGAGGACGUAUGGGAUGGGGGUGUUUAGGCAUUAUGAGGAGUUGGAUGGGGAGUUGGAGGCGGAGGAAGAUAAGGCUGAGUGAUACCAGCGCUGGCUUGUCGAAAGAGAAAAUUUCAAUUGUACGCAAGUCCGCACUCGCAAUCCACGACUCCAUCGCCAAUAUGUAGGGAGUCGGCUUCAAAUUGUGCACGUAGCUGGAGACGCAGGGAUGAAGAAUAAGUAUGGGAUCACAACGAUCGUGACGGAGCGUACAACUCUCCCGCCGGGAAGUCGAGAGAGUCUAUACACAUCCAGGAGUCCGAUCAGGAGAGGUGGGGUUGUCACUGUGCGGGCCUGCUUGUAGGUAUCGCAAGGCGACAUAGACGUCAUUCCCAGCAUGGGUUCGCGACGCCGUACGAGCAUUUGCACCCCCCAGCUAUGCACUUCGUUUCAUAUCAGCCGUUGGCCCUAAAGACGCUCUAAUCCAUGAGUACCUUAAGAGGC